AUGAUGUUGAGCACACAGUGUUUCAAAGGAAUGGGAACAGUCUAUCUGUCUCCACUUAUAUUAGACGUAUAUCGGGGAAGUUCGACAGCUUUUUCUAUCAACGCUGGAGGAUCUCAGAACAAGGUGUGGUAUCCAGCAGAUCAAUUGACCAUCAUUCCUUGGCAAAUCGUCAAAGAUACUAUGGAAGGCGAAGAUUCCAAGGCGAUGAUCGAUGAUUCCGAAAGGUUACCACAAGUCAACAAGAACUACAUCAUGAAUGAUGGUCUCCGCAUUCUAGGGCUGAAUCCACUGAAUCCAUUCUACAAGGACUUUGGCCUGUCGUUUAAGAGAUCGGCACCAACCAUGAUUCGAUUAAAUGCUCUCCUGUUGUUGCCGCCAAAAAUCAUUGUGUUGAAGGAUUCAAAAGACAUCAAUGACCGCCCAGAACUAACUGAUGGGGGCUGGAAUCUCGCGAAACAGGGAGUUCAGUACAGGAAUGUUUUCAUGACAUUUUCCAUUUCCGUCUUUGGACCUGAGCAGCUGCUGCUUUACCCUGACCUAUGGGUGAGCAAGCACAAGCCGAGGGCGAGCAUUCCUGAGCAUUACCUGAGCACCGCCUGA